UGUGGAAACAUUAUUGUCUGCCAAACGAACCGAAAAAUAAGGACAUGAAAUCAGCUUGAAGAAAGCGGAGCAGUGGGGAGCUGAGUGACACAUUAACCCCGGACCCAAACAGCAUUGUGGGAGUUCGUAUUCAGCACAACUGGCGUGAGAGGGGAAACCAAAGCAAAUGGAAAGGAACGGUACUGGACAGACUGAGUGUAAACCCCUCCCUGUUUAUGGUGAAGUACGACGGCUUUGACUGCGUCUAUGGCAUCGAGUUGUUCAAGGAUGAGAGAGUGUCUAACCUGCAAGUCCUKUCGGAAUCCGUUGUAAACAACAAAAUAAGGAUACCCCCAGAGGCCGAGGAGCUGGUGGGCAAAGCUGUGGAGCAUCUGUUUGAAAAGGAGGAUGGAGAGAAAAACGAGUGGAGAGGGAUGGUCCUGUCCAGAGCUCCCAUCAUGACCAACUGGUAUUAUAUCACUUAUGAAAAGGACCCUGUUCUCUAUAUGUACCAGCUGUGGGACGACUACGCUGAUGGAGAUCUCAGGAUUUUGCCUGAAGCAGGUAAUUUGUGUUUAACAAAGGGUGAUUGAUACCUCGCAAAUCUUUAAGCCUGGGAUAAUCUUGUCCUGAGGUUUAGGAAAUGACAUGAACAGCUGAUACUUUAUGUACAAAAAAAUUGCUUUUUUCUGCUUGGGAGACCUAGAUAAUUUAAUUUCUGUUCAUUUAUUUAAUUUGUUAUGGCUAUACCAUGUGAGUUCACCAACAGUAAUGGAAAUUUGUGUUCAUCAAAAUCUUGAACUGGUUUGUCUGCAAUCGUUUUUCUUUUUUAAUUUCUUUUAGUUUUAUGAAUUGUGGUUUGAUGGUUUUGGAAAAUUUUGCUACAGACAGACAAGCCACACCAAAAACAUUCUCCUAUCUUUUGCAGAGUAAUGAGAACCAAGACCUCAAUUUGUUGUUUCAUCAGACUUCUGAGUGAUUCUUACUGUAUGAGCAUGUUAAUUAGUAAAUUAAACUGUUAAUAAUUUAGCUUGAAAACUUGUGAAAAAGCACAAAAUUUAAAAAAAGGACAUUCCUUYAGUACUGUAUUUCCCAUGUCAUGGGGACUACAGCAAACUAGUAGUUAGGAGUCAUGAAAAAUUCUGCAAAUGACUGAGUCUGUGAAACACAACUUUGCUGGGCUUCACUGUACAUGUUUC